CGGAGCUUGUGUGCAGAGAGUUACUUCAGCGAGGCUCUAUAGCGUUUGUUAAGAGAAGUGUCAAACGUAUUUAAACCUCUUUUAAUCUCUACCAAACCCUUCAGACUUGCACGAUGAACAGCAUUAUGAUAAUGGCAGCACGGUGUCUUCGAUCGGACGCGUACAGAACCGCGCAGAAUAACGUAGAGCUGCUGUCUGGUUGGGCUCGCCUCAUGUCCUCCUCUUCAGCGGCCCAGAAGACCCUGGAGGAGAUGGUGAAGAAGGACAAAGUGGUGGUCUUCAUAAAAGGCACCCCUACACAGCCCAUGUGCGGCUUCAGCAACGCCGUCGUCCAGAUCCUGAGAAUGCACGGGGUCGACAGCUAUGCUGCUUAUAACGUGCUGGAUGAUCAGGAUAUCAGAGAAGGAGUAAAGACUUUGUCCAACUGGCCGACGAUUCCACAAGUGUUCUUCAAUGGGGAGUUUGUAGGCGGCUGCGAUAUUCUUCUUCAGAUGCAUCAGAGCGGAGAUCUGGUAGAGGAACUUCAGAAGCUGGGAAUCAAAUCAGCUCUCCUGGAUCAAGAAAAAGAGUCCAAGUAGGAGUCUAGUCAACUUUGGGAUGAUUGUUCAUUGACGUAAACCUCCCAAAGGUUUGACUUGACAUGCCGAGUCCAAACUGUCUUCAGAUUGCUGAAGGAACUGAUGUCAAACCUCCCAAAUUCAGAAAAAUCACUGUAAAAACACUUGACAUAAAUUACCGUAUUACACACAAUAAUUGUAUUUUAGAUGUAUCUCUUUUUUUUU